UCAGUCAAUUAUGUCAAAAUCAGGAAUAUCAUCAAUAACCGGAUUAUCUUCGUCGAAACUCCGAAGAAACUCGAAAAAACAAUCUACGAUUUCAACAAACGAUGGUUUUAAAGAAAUGUUUUAUGAUAUGUGUCAAGAAUUAAACAUGGAAUCUUUUCCAACGAUAAAAUGUUUAUUAUCAGAACCAACUCCGUUUAUAUUUCAAGAAGUCGGAUCAGCCGUCGAGGUAGCUUCGAGACAAAGUUCAAUCGCAUCAAAACGCCAAUCAUCAAAACAACUUGAUAUGAAUCCAUCGCGAACUGAAUCCGAAAUAACCACUACAGAUGAAGAAAUUAGGGUGAUUUAUCCAUUUCGAGAUUCCGCAACAAGUUUAAUUUGUAAACAAUUUAAAAUGAAAGAUGCAAUUAUGGGUGCUCUACAAAAAACAUUACCCAAAUUCGACACAAUACGAGUAUUAAAAUUAGAAUUUUGCCAACUAACUUUACCCCAAGUAAAAGCAAUAAAAUUCCUCCUUGUUGCAAACCCAAACAUAAUCGACGUCAGUUUAGAUGGAAAUUACAUUCCAAAACAUCCCCAAUACAUUCUUGGAAAAGGCACAAACAUUCGACACCUUUCAUUAAGAUUCUGCAAACUCACAGAUAAAGGAGUGUUUCGAUUUAAAAGGCCGCUUCAAUCUCCGUACGAAAGAACAAUAUUAACGUUAAAUUUAUCGAGUAAUUUAAUAACCGACGUAGGUGCUAAACAUUUAGCCGAUGAAUUAAGAACAAAUAGAACUCUAAUGUAUUUAAAUUUAACGGAUAAUUUAAUAACCGACGUGGGGUUAAUACAUUUAAUGAAAACGUUAAGAAAAUUUCCAUUAAAUCACGAAGAAAUCGUUUUAAGACGACAAAAAAAUUUGCAUCGGCUUCAACUAAAAGAAGAAAUCCGCUAUGAUAUAACUAAAUCAAGAAAAAGUGAUAGCAAUUUAAGCAGUGUAAGUUUAAUUAAAAGUGAUACUAGCUCGAAAAGAUCUUGCAGCUCAGCAAGAAUGAGAGUAGCUACUACUUCGAGUCAAAGACGACGGAGUUCCGCUGAUAGUCAUAAAAGCUUAGAGAGUCUCAUAUUAUCAAAAUUACCAAAAGAUCCAUAUCCGUUCGUUUAUGAAUGUUCUACGGAGGAUAAAAAUAUUUAUUGCAGCGGAAAUUCGCGAUUACAAUGUUUAAACUUGUCGUUUAAUAAAAUAACUGAUGAUGGGCUCGAUUUUGUUAAGGAUACGUUAAGGGAGUUGCAAUUGCAAAGAGUUUUUGCUGAAGAUGGGGAAAACCGAUUAUUAAAAAUUAUUCUAUAUGGAAAUAGUAAUAUUAAAUAUCCGGAAAUGAUUAGUAAUAAAAGUAGUAGUAUUAGUAGCAAAAGUGCGAGUAGUGGAUCGAAAGCGUCAUCAAGAUCCAGUGUAAAAGAACGAAGAAUGUUUGCUAGUAAAAUAAUUAUUUAAUUUAUUAUAUUAUUAUUAAAUUGUUUGAGCUAAAA